GCAGGGUUGUUUAGUUUUUUUAGCAUUAAUUGUGUUAUCUGAAGUGAAAGAGAGUUGCUUUAUUCUGUAUAUUACUAUUAUUUCAUAAUUUUCAUCGGUAACAUGUAUUUCUGGUUACGCACUGUAAUUUCUGUGCAUUAAUUUUUAUUUAUAUAAUUUAUCUAAAACAAAAAAAGGUUUAUAAUGAAUCCAACAUGGGAAGAUCCUAUUCCAGAUGAGGAUGAUGAUGAAAAUACAUAUGAUAAAGGAUUUAAUCACGGACGAGAUGCAGUAAUCUUUUUAGUUGAUGCAACAUGGGAAAUGUUUCAAGUUAAUGAAGAAGAAACUCCAUUUCAGCUGAGUUUAAAGUGUGCACGUACUACUUUGACGAAUAAAAUCAUAUCCAGCAGUAAAGAUUUAAUAGGAAUAGUUUUAUUUGGUACCGAACAAACAAGAAACACACGAAAUAAUACAGAUUUCCAACAUAUUUAUAUGUUUCAAGACCUUAGUGAACCUGGAGCUGAAAAAGUACUCGAGACAGAAGAAUUAAUGAGCUUGGAUGGUCUUUCUUUUUGUGAGAAAUACGGACAUUCUGUUGACUUUUCCUUAGCUGAUGCUCUUUGGGUUUGUGGUAUCAUGUUUUCUAAUUGCAAGUUCAGUUUGGCUCAUAAAAGGAUACUGCUUUUUACUGCAAAUGAUAAUCCACAUGAGGGAAAUCCACAGCUGCAAAUUCAAGCACAGACAAAGGCCAGAGAUUUACAUGAGAGUGACAUAGAUAUUGAUUUAAUGCAUAUUCAUAAACCAAAUUCCAGUUUUGACUGUUCAAAAUUUUACAAGGAUAUAGUGAUGAUACCUGACGAUGAAGUUUAUCAGAUGCCUAAUGCAGCUGAGAGAUUUGAUGAUCUUUUAACAAGAGUUCGAUGCAAAGACCACAGAAAGAGGCCUUUGGGAAAGUUGCAGUUUACCAUAGGUGAAGGCAUCAAAAUAGCAUUUAAAAUGUACAAACUUGUUGUUCCUACUUCUAAACCAGCUACAGUUAAAUUAGCAAAAGAAACUAAUCAAGAACUCAUAACUGUUAGCAGUACAUAUUUAAGUGAUACAGGAGAACUUCUUUUACCUUCUGAUAUUAAAAAGUACCAAGAAUAUGCUGGAAAGAAAAUUUAUGUGGCUGAUUAUGAAGCUAAACAGAUAAGAAAUUUUGGUGAACCUGGUUUAUUACUUAUGGGAUUUAAGCCAAAGUUAUACCUCAAGCCACAUUACCAUUUAAAGCCAUCUCUAUUUUUAUACCCUGAUGAAAAAUCCAUUCAAGGAAGUAUACGGUUAUGUCUUGCACUUCUUAUCCAAUGCCUGAAAAGAGAAUAUGUGCCUAUUUGCCGUAUGAUUGCCAGACAGAAUGAUCCACCAAGAUUUGUAGCUCUUUUGCCUCAGGAAGAGCAUGUAGAUGAACGUGGUUUGCAGACUAUCCCACCUGGAUUCCAUGUAAUUUAUCUUCCAUAUACAGAAGACAUUCGCAGCAUUAAAAUUGAAAAGAAGCACCAUCCAUCAGAAGCCUUAGUUGAAAAAUCAAAAGAAAUAAUAAAAAAACUCCAAUUUGCAUAUCAUCCAGAAUCCUUUGAAAAUCCUGUUUUGCAGAAGCACUGGAGGAACAUAGAAGCAUUAGCUUUGAAUAGAGAUGCACCAGAAGAAAUUAUUGAUUAUACCUUGCCAACUAAAGAUGUCAUUGAGAAAAGAGCUGGGAAGUUAAUAGCAGAAUUUAAAUUAUUGCUUUGUCCCAACGUACCUGAUCCUAGUACAUCUACAUAUUCACCAUCUGUGAAGAGACCGAGGCUAGAUGAAGAUGCUGUUCCAUUAAGUUUAGAGCAUGAAGCUACUAAUGGAUUGUUGGCUCGCUAUAAAGCUAAUAUAUUAAAAGAAUUUUGUAAAAGAAAUGGUAUUCGCUGUCCUUCUGGUGCCAAGAAAGCGGAGAUUAUGGAAGCUAUAAAGCAAUAUUAUCAUGAACAGUAAAAUUCUCACUUUCAAACAUCACAUUUGAAACAUAAUUUUAUAAAUACUGAAUAAAUAAUAUUAGCAACUGUGAAUAUAUUGUUUAUGUACAUAUAUAUGAUUAUGUAAAAAUUCAUUUUAAAAUCAAAUUGGGAUAUUUUCAUUCUUUAAGUAAUUAAAAAUUUUAGAAAAGAACAUUUGUAUGUAUAUUACAUAACAUUUUUCUAUGAAUAAAAAAGCUUUUUUGUAUUCAGAAUUAAAAUACUAUGCAAUUGUAGGGUUUGUUUGCUAAAUUGCAUCUGUGUGCCAUGAAAAUGAUGCAGACACAUUUUAGAAUUUUAUUAAAAAAAUGCUGUGUGUAGUGUGAAAUUCAGCAUUUUAUUGUAUGCAGUAAUAUGAAUGUUCAAAAGUGUUUUAUGUAUGUAUAUAUAUGAAAUAAAAGGUAUGUCACACA